AUGACGGUCAGAGCGCGGGACGGAGACGGUCCUGGGCACCACGCGAAGGGAAAACAGUGUAAAAACCCUCUUUGUGAGGACCCCACGAACUGCAAGCACAACGAGAAAAGGAACCAGCCCUGUCCAACCGACUGUCGGGGGCAUUGGGAGCAGACGAGUGAGUCUUGCGAGGAUCCGGGGAGUAGCAAUGUUGACCCCUGGAGGGAGAAGAUUGUGUCGCACACGUACAAAAUCACGCGAAAUGCAGCGCCUGGCUUCGACGGCGUAGAGGGAAAUGGGUGCCAGGAUGAUGAUCAUCCCGGGCAAAUAAACUGGUGUGCAAGGGAAAAUGACUGUAAGAACAACGAGAAGAAGUUUGACUUCUGUCCGCGGAACUGCUCGGGGGAAUGGAGCCAAACGAGAGGAGAACUAGAAUCGCAGUGCACGGGGAACGGGGAGAUUUUGAAGAGAAAAUACAGAAUUACUUAUCCGUCACUCUAUAACGGCGCGGUGUGCGAGGAAGACGACGACGCCGAAGACGAAAUCACCUGUCCGAUCGACUGUAUGUCGGGAUGGGACAAUGGAAUAAGCACAGAUUCGGAACUAUUGGCAGCGAAGUGUGACCCAGCCGGGCUCGGGGAGGAGGUUGUUCGGACGUACUUGAUUACACGCGAGGCCAGAAACGGGGGUGCGGAAUGCGAGGAACCGGACUUGGCGAACAACACAAAAGUUACUGCGAUUUGCCCGACCAAUUGCAUUGGCGGUUGGGACUACGAAACCGUGGAAGAUUUGCGAGAACAGAAAUGCACCGGUCACGGGGAGCGCUUGUCGCGGCAUUUUGUCGUGUCCCAGGAAAAAUUGAACGGGGGAAAGGAUUGUGAUUUCGCACACAACCAGCCGGAGUUAAACAACGAAAUCACUUGCCCGCGAGAUUGCAUUGGAGAAUGGAACGUCACGGCCAUUGCAUUGUGCAAAAACGAGCCGGAAGGAACGAGGAAGGCGCGUACUUACAUUCACAAAGUACCUGCAGAAAACAACGGAGUCGCCUGUCCCUUCGCAAACGGGCAAGAACGGGUCGUGGUGUGUGGAGAAAAGGGUGGUGUGCUGAAUGGAACGAAAACAACUACCGGGUUGGUUUCCACGCCCGUCCCAGGACCGGUCGUAUUGGGGGGCGGGUCAUCAUCGUCUGCACAUGGAGGGAGUCCUCUGACGGGACAAGAAGAAGAUGAAGCUCUAUUUGCUCGGGCGUCGAAAGAAAGGACAACGUCUGUUGGUGGAUCAUCGACCACUGCAAAUAAAGCGACGACAACUUCCGCUGAGACCACAACAUCCGCUCCGGCGGAGCAUCUCUUCAGUGCGCGCGAAAUUCCAUACGACGAGGUAGCCGGGAUGAAAAAGGCAAAAGCUGCACAAGGUCCAGAAAACGAAGGAUUUUUGACGUGUUGCUAG